CAGCGUUGUGUUUAAUGCAGUGUGUGAUGAUGUGUGUGUCAGUGUGUGAAUGUUCGUCAUGAAGACCAUCGGCUUCACGCUGCUGCUCGCUGUCCUCACAGUCAGUGAAUGCAGUGUUCAGAUCAUUGGCGUCAGAGGUCAGAGUGUCACUCUGCCCUGUUCCUAUGACAUCAACCAUCAUGGUGGUCUGUCAGUCUGCUGGGGUCGAGGAGAUGUACCAAACAACGGCUGCAACCGUCUGAUCAUCGCCUUAGAUGGACAGACAGUAAGAAAAAACACCAGACUCUCCAGUAGGUAUCAGCUACUGGGGCCACUGGACCAAGGAGACAUUUCUCUGACCAUACUGAACCUCACAGAUGAGGAUGCUGGACGGUAUGGAUGCAGGGUGGAGGUGACAGGGUGGUUCAACGAUGAAAAAUAUCACAUCGAUUUGGUGAUUGAACAAGCUCCUACGUUGACCACAUCCACACCUCCAGACAACGAGACGAUCACAGGACAGACAACAGUCAAUACCACAGCAGAUCAGCUGAGCUCCUCACUGAACCCCAUGACUUCCUCCUCAGUGAGCGUCCAGGCUGAGGAGAGCAGCAGCAGUGUGUCCGUUGUGGUUAUGUGUGUUGUGUUAGGGGUCGUCGCCCUGGUUUCAGCAGGCGGAGUUGUUAUCGCUGCAAAAAGAUGGAACAUACUGAAGAAAAUUUCUCAGCAGCAGCAGGUGAACACUACAGUCCAGUUCAGCGCCACAACGUCUGCUCUGCAGUUGCGCCGUCAAAGCUCAGCGGUGGAGAACAUCUACCAGAUUGACGGAGGCGAGUACGAGUCCUGCCCUUGAGCUCUGACAGUGACCUCUGCUGAUUUUUACUCACAAAACUCAAUACACAGCCGGAAAGAGGUCAAAGACUGUGUCCAUGGGGACUACAAAUCCCACGAAGCACUGCUGUAAAACUAGAGACUGGCUCUUUGACGGAUUCUGUUGGACUGGAGUCACUUUGUUUUUCAUGACGUGACUUGGACAGCACAAGAAAAAGUCAGCAGGAUUAGAUCAGAUGGAAAUGAUGGUGAUAGGUUGUUUUUAUAGAUAAAUCUUCAGUUGUAAUAUAA